CAGAGCGUAAGAAAAUCAAUGGAAUUAGAAAGAGAGGGCAAAACUGCAUUUAGCAGCCAUUGCCGCAGAGAAAAAAAGGUUCUGAUGUGUUUAGUCGUCGGAUUGCAGGCUUUCAGGUGAAGAGGGAGAGUUCCCCGCCGGUGGAUUGAGGCCCUUGGUUCACCAAAUUAUGUACUUCCACUCUUCCAAGCGGGAUGGAGCACUGCUGCCCCCAGGUUGUCCGACUGCCGCUUGCCAUCGGAACUUUUCCAGAUUUUUUCUGCUGGAGAUGAGUUUCAAUCCUAGCAAUAACAGUUCUCUUCAUAUUCAAGAAGAGCACAAUACAUUAAUGGACUCUUCUUCAACUGGUACAGUUUUUUUACCAAGGGAGAUAAUUCUUGAAAUUCUCACAAGGCUUCCUGCUAAACCUUUAAUGCGUUUCAAGUGUGUUUCCAAAUUCUUUUAUUCUCUGAUAACUGAGCCCCUCUUUGCUAAAGUGCACCACGACCGAUCCUCGGCCCGCCCCGGUGGAACUCACAUCCUCUUAACUCUUCGCUACCCAGCCCAAACCCACUUCUACACCAUAGAUGACACCGGAGAAGACAAAGGAAAGCUCCAAGCCAAUCGGGUCCAUUAUUUGGAAGGAAAACAGUUUAAAAAUCUGAAUAUCUCAUCCCAGGCUAAUGGCUUGAUUUGUUUAUUCAAUCAUCAUGGAGACGUCUCUAUUUGCAACCCUAGUUCAAGGUAUAAUUAGCUUUAAGACUUAGUAUUAUGUGAAAUUGACUGUUGUCUAAGUUUGGUCUGUUCUGAUCUGUUUCAUUGUGAUAAUGUAAGUUGGAGUAUGGUCUAGUCUAGGAAUCAAAUAAGUCUAACGAAAUACCGUUACGUCAGAUAUUUAGGAUGUUUUCACUUUGAUUGACUUUGGUUUCAUAUUAGAUUAGAUUUAAACAAACUCAAUUCAAACCAGAUCCACUCAAAUCAAACGAGGGAUUUUCAAUCCAUUUGAAAACAUUCUUACUUAAAUGAUGUAGUAAUGUAGCGGUACUAACUACAGAGUAUUAAAUUAGGGGUAUUAUGUACUUUGUAUAUAUUUAGUACUACCUUCGUCCGAGAUUUAGUUUCUCGUUGAAAAUAAGAUAAUUUGAAAUAAGAUAAUUUGAGUAUAUUUUGAGAAAUAAUUUUGAUGGGUAUAUAACAUAUACUGAGGUCAUUGAUGAUAAUUAUGAAGCCAUAGGCGUAUUAUCUUUAUUUUUUGAUGAUUAAUACUACCUCUGUCCCUUAAAACUUUGUCAAAGUUGACCGGCACGGAGAAUAAUAAAGUAACAACUGUGUGGUUGAGGUUUGUGCAGAGGAGAGAGAAAUAACAGAAACCACAAAAUAAUUGAUUAAAAUGGAAAGUGGAAAAGUUUUUUGGGACGUCCCAAAUAGGAAAGAUGACAAAGUUUUAAGGGACGGAGGGAGUAUAUCAUGUAAGAGUGUCAAAUAUUUCUUAAAAUUGAAUUGUGUAGUUUUAGCUGUAACAUCUAGAAAAGGUAAGUGAGAAGCUUAAAUUGCGAAUACUAUUUACGAAGUAUUUCUUUAUGGUAUUGUUGUUCUCAUUUUGACUAACAUUGUGACCCUCUUGUCUAUGCUAUGAACUUAAUGUCAUUCUAAACAAGGCAACAUAUUUCCUAUCCAAGAGCUGCAGCGAGCCCAAAAAGUCAAAUCUACACUAGUUCUAUCUUGGGAUUUGAUCCGAUUUCAGAAAAGUACAAAGUUUUGAAGUUGCAAAUCUGGUAUGAUUUGUAUCUUGGCGAUUUAAAGAGGCAAUAUUGUGUGUUAACUCUCGGGGUGGAUAAAUCGUGGAGGGAGAUUAGUAAUGCUUUACUUAGGUACCCCAAUGAAAGUGUUCACAUCGGUGGUAUAAUCUACUUGAUAAGCUCGAUAAAUGAACAAGAAAUUGUCACUUUCAACGUUGGAGACGAGAAUAUCGGGUCGGUACCUUUCCCGGGUAUCGAGGUGAAAAAAUCAUUCCACCUAAUGCUGUUGAGAUUGUCAUUCAUGGAAAUUGAUGGCCGGCUUGCGGUUGUUCAUAUACAAAGUAACAAUUUCGCAGAACGAGUUAUGGAUAUUUGGAUUUUGGAGAAAUCAAUGAAAUGGGAGAAACAUAGCAUUUCCGUUCCAUGGGAAGAGAGUUUAAUAGUUAAAGAUUCUAUGGACAUUGUCUCCACAUGUACCAAUUUAGGGGAAAUAGUGAUGUUGAUUCAUGUAAGGGGAUCUCUACGAGUUUUACUUUACUCAAUUACAAAACAUGUGUGGAGAAAGUUUGAAGUAUGCGGACUUGAUGAUCAUUUAUAUGAUUAUCAUAGAAGAUCAAACAAUGCGGUGGAUUUCAUGCAAGAGAAUUUGUAUUUUUUCGAUUGAAUAGUUAGUUUUUUUGUUUACUAUUGGUUUAAGAGUUGUAGAACACAAGUUAUAUAUGUGCAAUUAUACUAUACAUAUUGUUUUAAGAGUUGUAGAACACAAGUUAUAUAUGUUGAACAU